GUCAGUUUACCGACACACGAUUGCUCCGAAAUGAAACCGCAUCGAGGAACUUGACAGCAGCGACGUGAUCUCGUGGAGAACCGCAUCUCAUUGUCAGUUCGAUAUCGGGUGGGUGAAAAAUGACAGCGAGCAAACAGACCUCGCUUGUGUAAAAGUGUAUAAAUAAUUGUGCGCUCACGCUCGAUUGCAUACAACAGUAAACAAAUUUCGCAAUAAAAUGAAACAGAGAUCAAGGUACAGCAGCUGCAGUGCUUGAGAGGGAGGGGGAAGGGCAAGAAGGGAAACGUACAAAGCCAUAGGGCAGCUUAAAGGGAAACUCGCAUCCAGUCGCAGAGAUUGUUAGUCAGGUUAUAAAAAACAUUCUUUAUCCAUGAAAAAGAGAUCUCAGUUUAAUGACAACUAUGGAAACAAAAUUCCCAGAUCAAUUUUACCGAAUUCAAGCUGUCGAUCGUGCACGUAAAAUACCCAGUGUGAAUUACUUGUGGGAUAAAUCCACAGAGGUGUACGAACGUGUAAAAGGCACAAACACAUUUUUAAAUUGGGCUUUUGACACUGUUGAAAGUGUGGUGAAUACAAUGAUAGAAAAGUCUUUGCCAAUUGCUAGAUUGAUGGAGAAACCAAUUUAUACCCUGGAUAAAACAUUAUGCCAGGGUAUUGAUUUUGUUGAAGUAAAGCUACCUAUAAUUAAAGAAGAACCUAAACAGAUUUUAAAUCGCACGAAAUCUAUCGUAUCCAAACGUAUCCGUCCCGCGGUUAAAAUUUUUAUCGAUCUAAAGCAGGGAACCAAACAAAGAGUGAGAGUUAUGACUUUAUUUACGUAUUAUAAAGUUCAUUAUUUACGCGUUUACAGUUGGCAACAAGCAGACAAAGUUAUGUCGACUGAAACAGGUAUAAAUAUUUUAAAGACUGUCGAUAACACUACUGAAUUUGCUGAAAUUAUGUUGGAUAAGUACUUACCUCCACCAGAGGAAGAAAUUUACAUUAAUACAGAGAAAUUAUGUAGUGAACACGCUAAGCUUCAUCACACAAUGGAAAGAUUGGGCGAAUUCAGUAAUCGAGCAUGGCGACGUAUUUACUAUGCAAUGAUGGAAAGAUUGCAACAUAUGUAUAAAAUAGAAAUACUUAUUUUGGUAUUACACGCGCUUGUGAUCAUUCAAGCGAUCAAGUUCUUGGAAUCGGUAGUGAAUUUGAUUUUUAAAUUAUUUAGCGAUUGCAUCUUUUCGUAUUAGAGGCACGCUCUAGUCUGUAAUAAUCACGUAUGCAACAGCACUUAAGAAAUGAGACUAUAUUUUUAUCACUUUUACAAAAGUUACGUCCGACACGGGAUAUUUUACUUGCAAACUGCGAAUUUUACUUAAUACAGGAGCCAUGAAACACAUGACCAUUCGUGGAAUAAUUUCACGGUUUAGAAUGGAUUAAAAAGAAGCGGUGCUCUCUCAGUUAUGAUAUAUGACACCGUUUUUCAUAAUAUUCUAUAUUUGCAUAUUUCCGACAUUUUAUAUAAUUCCGACUGCCGUUUGUUAAAAGAAAAAA